GAUUGAUAAAUAUUUAUAUUUAUUCAAUUCACUGCCGAUAAGAAAUUCAAAAAUUAAAUUUUUGAACUAAUUAAGUUAUAUUCAUUGUUGGAUAUGACUGAAGUGAUUAUGAUGGCAUAUCUUGCAUUGCCUGUUCCAGUAUUCCGAUGGAAUGUAUGCCAUACUUGAUCCAGAAUAAAAGGAAAGCAUACUGUGAACGUUUUAUAUAAACAAAAAAGCAUGGGCUAGCUUGGCCAUAUAUAAACAUAAUCUCUGCAUAUGUGAAUGAAUAGAAAGCCAAGAAGCAAACUCUGAAAAUCCAACAAAAAAAAAAAAAAACUCUGAAAAUCCAAAAUGCUCCAAGCAGAGAAACCAGAUGAGAAAGCUUCGGGAGGAUCAAAUGAUAGAGAUAUUGCUCUGGCAGGGGUUGAAAAAGAAAGAACGAACUCUAAUAUUAAAGCAUGGGAAGAAAGUGAAAAAACUAAAGCAGAGAACAAGGCCCAAAAGAAUCUCUCUAUUAUUACUGCAUGGGAAAACAAGAAGAAAGCAUCACUAGAAGCCAAAUUGAGAAAAAUGGAGGAACAAUUGGAGAAGAAAAAGGCAGAAUAUGCAGAGAAAAUGAAAAACAAAAUAGCCUUGAUUCACAAACAAGCUGAAGAAAAGAGGGCAGCUGUUGAAGCUAUAAAAGGAGAAGAACUCCUCAAGGCUGAGGAGACCUCUGCUAAAUACCGCGCAACUGGGAAAACUCCGAAGAACUUCCUUGGAUGGUUCUGAAAAUUGUUAAGUUUGGCCUUCUCAGUUUAUCAUCAAUGGUUUUUGGGUGGCUCUCAAAGUUUCAUUAUGUGCAUUGUUAAGUUUGGCCUUCUCAGUUUAUCAUCAAUGGUUUGUGGGUGGCUCUCAAAGUUUCAUUAUGUGCAUAUCUUUCUUGUUUGAAUAUUUGUUCUCUUGUGUGUUAAAAUAAAAUAAAAUUAUCCGAGGGAAAUCAGCCAAUAUUGUUCAUUGCAUCAUCAUGCAUCCAAGUUUGUAUAGGGGCG